UAUACCGUACGGUAGAUCUACAAAAUUUCGAAAUGAAAAUAAUAAUUUCCAACCUGGUUGAACUGAAGAGAAGAGAAACAACAAAGCAAGACGAAGCCAGAACUGGCAGAGCAGUAACAGAUGGUGGUUCAGUGUAUGAUUUUGAAUUUCCCUUUUGACUUUUGACGUGGAACAGUUUCUCAUUUCGUCCACACACUCCUAACCUUAGUGAUUUGGGAGAGUUAUCGUCUGUUGAGUACUCUCAGUCUCCCAGAAGGAGAAACUAGUUGAUGGAUACGAGCCUCUAAUUUUCGAAUCAGUGUUCCUGUGUUUUGGUCACGAUGUCCUCCGCGGUGAAGCCUUCUAAAUGUAGUUCCAGUACUUUAUCGGAUGUUGACUGCACCACCAAGCCUAUCCGAGGUCGCAUUGUUGUCUACACCAUAUCAGGCUGCCCGUACUGCCGUCGAGCGGUGUCCAGGCUGUCUUCUCUGGGCUUGCCCUUUAUCAUCAUCAAUCUUGACGAUGUGCCGAACACUCACCGACAGGAGAUGUUGGACAUGACAGGCGGAAAGACAUCUGUACCGCAGAUAUUCUUCAACGACAAGCAUCUUGGUGGCUUUGAGGCACUGGAAGCUGCGAUAUCAAAUGAGUCCAUCGACGACUUCCUGCAAGAGGUCUUGGAGAACAGGGCGCCGGACACUGCACCCAAGGUGCCACGGCAGGAGCGGGAGUUCGACGUUCUCGACGAUUACACCGAUUUUCAGUUUCAAUGCGAGCAGGACGAGUACGCGCUGCUGGUUCGUGAGAUCCGCAAAUCGGAUCUGAUCGCCGACCGCUACUAUCACCUGCGUCUCUACAAGCAGUGCUUCGUCGGCAGAGAACUUGUCGACUGGCUCUGUACUACAAAAGAGAUCGAGCGCAGCGAGGCCCUGGAGAUUGGCGUGAAGCUCAUCAGCCGCAAGUUUGGCCAUCACGUGUGCAACGACCACGACUUCAAGGACGGCUACUUCUUCUACCGGCUACUGGACGACGACGAGAGCAACUCACUCAACACCAAGCACCACUCAGAGUGUGAACCUCAGUCUGCCACGGAAGUAGCCGAAGUCCUGCGCAGCUCCAUUGUGCUGCUCUACAACGACUAUCUCUCAAUCGAUGGACGGCACGUCGACUACACAUCGCUGGCUUCAAGCAAGCUGUUCUCGCAGUACGAGCAGCUGACCGCCGAGCUACUGCGGCUGGACAUUGGCAAGCUGACGGACAACGCCGAGAAGAUCGCCUUCUUCAUCAACGUCUACAAUGCGCUUGUCAUCCACGCAAAUGUGGAGCGUGGCCCUCCCAAGAGUGCCUGGGACAGGCAGAAAUUUUUCAACACCAGCUGUUACACGAUCGGAGGUCACGUUUACUCGCUGCAGGACAUUGAGAACGGCAUUCUCCGGGGCAACAAGAAGGGAGUGGGCGCGCUGAGAAAGCCGUUCGGCAAGACCGACCCGCGCCGCAUCAGCAUCGUGGAACAGCCGGACUAUCGCAUUCACUUUGCGCUGGUGUGCGGUGCCAAGAGCUGCCCACCGAUCAAGACCUACACGGCACUGGGUCUUGACGAGGAACUCUCUUUGGCUGCCAACUCUUUCUUACAAGAUGGAGGGGUCCAGGUCUCUGUCGAGAAAAACGAGAUCAGCCUGAACCGUAUACUGGCCUGGUACAAGUCUGACUUUGGCAGCAACACCAAGGAGAUUCUUCAGUUUGUAGGCAACAACAUGGGAUCCUGUGAUCUCAAGCAAGAGUUUGAUACAGUCAUGGCGGCGAACCCCAAGGUAUCGUAUUUGGCCUACGACUGGACGCUGAAUGGCUCGUAGUCGCGCCGUGCCCUCGUUCGCGUAGUCCUCGAGCUGCUCUUCGCCCCAACCUUGAGCGUGCGGUAAAGCGUGCGUACAAGGUUUGGAUAUGGCAGUGGCUGUCCAACUUUAGACGGGCAGCUCUUCGCUGUACUUAUGCGUGUUGUAACACUAGGUUGGGGUCAUUGACUGGCCGCUUAUUUUCCGUCCGUUUAUUUUCCGUCCGUUUAUCCAACUUUCCUUCCCAUCCGUGAGACUUGCGGUGUACAUAGUUCUGUGUAUAUAGGAUCCUGUACAUGUUGUGUGGUUGACAGCAUGUUCUAACACCAUACCCUGUACUGUAAGUAUCCUUAGUAUCCUGUACGUGAAUCCCGUGUAGUAAUUUCCUGUACAUGUAUCCGGUGUAGCGUUAGUAGUACCAUGUACAUGUAUUAGUAUUACUGCCACCACACUACAGUGCCAGCACAAAGGAGCGCCGAGCGUGCGUCUCCGCAGUCAUCCCGCGUGAACGCCUCUCCCGACGGGCACUGAGAAUCUGCCAGGCGCCCGACCUCCAUUCUGUACUGUACUCUUUCCUGGCCGUGCGCAAAUCGUCGGCCUUCGUUCACCAAACCAAUGACUCUGUCCGCUAUCGAGAUUACCCAGAUUAAUGACCACCAACGAACACUUCCCUUAGAUUUAUUCACCACCGGUUUACAGGCACUGUAUGUUUGCCUCCAGCAGUCUUGUUUUUGUUUUCUCGCCCAGUGCGUUUGCUUCUCCACCGUCUGACUAGUCCCCGUGCACUUCAACGUUUCCCCAAGCUCCUUUGCUCCUACGGAUAUCGCCUCUGCUGAUGCUCGUCAGGUGCCUUUGUCUUCGUGUACUUCAUUAUUCCAGAUAUCAAUUAUAUUCUUCUUCUCUCGCAGAGUUCUACGUAAGCCUGACCUGGCACCAUGGUCAGUGGGCACGAUGCACUCAUCGAAGCCUUAGACUUAGAAAUACUUGCUGUGUACUUUUAUUCUGAUCUUGCAAUCUGUUUGACAAGACAGUAUCUCUCUCUGUCUCUCUCUCUCUGUCUCUCUCUCUCUCUCUCUCUCUCUCUCUCUCUCUCUCUCUCUCUCUCUCUCUCUCUCUCUCUCUCUCUCUCUCUCUCUCUCUCCCUCUCUCUCUUCUUGCAACCGCUGGUGUGUCGCCCUGUCAGAUCCCUUUCCUUUUCUUUCCGCUCUCUUUGCGCUUCUCAUCGAACAAACUUGUCUGACAUAUUAUACUCAACCUUUAUAGUUGUGGUCUCCUGAGUAAUUUCAUCAUUCCAAUUCCUGUAGUAUGUUGUUAAGAAGGGAACGAAAGC